CAAGGUCGCGCUUCAGUCAGACACGUGGUGUUGCGGAGUUGAGUACGGAACCGGGACCGGGAGUCGGAACCGGGCCGCGGGGGAAUAGAGGCGCUGAUCCGGGUUCAGAGCGCUGUUUGCGGGGUAGUGAGGCUGCGGGAGGCGGGGCCGGGCUGUGGAGCUGCAGCGGGACUGGGUUUAUAUCCGCGGUUUCACCGCGCGCGACUUUAUUUCUCCUUAAAUUACCGUAUUUUACCGAUUUUACUCCAUGGCGGAUUAUCUGAUCAGCGGACAGACCGGAUACGUACCCGAGGACGGACUGACCGGACAGCAGCUCUUCAACUGCGGAGACGGACUGACUUACAAUGAUUUCCUGAUUCUCCCAGGAUAUAUUGACUUCACGUCUGACCAGGUGGACUUGACCUCAGCACUGACCAAACAGAUCACCCUGAAGACGCCGCUGGUGUCAUCACCCAUGGACACGGUUACUGAAUCGGGGAUGGCCAUCGCCAUGGCUCUGACUGGUGGGAUCGGUUUCAUGCAUCAUAACUGCACCCCAGAAUUCCAGGCCAAUGAAGUGAGGAAGGUUAAGCUGCAACCCUUACCUUCUACCCCUCUGAUCCACUGUGUCCCCUGUCCCUCCCCGUCCCCUGUCCCCGUCCCCAUCUCGCAGCGGUACGAGCAAGGCUUUAUUACAGACCCGGUGGUGAUGAGUCCGCGGGAGCAGGUCCGGGACGUGUUCCAGGCUAAAGCUCGGCACGGGUUCUGCGGAAUUCCCAUCACCGACAACGGGCAGAUGGGCGGACGCCUCGUGGGCAUCAUCUCGUCCAGAGACAUCGACUUCCUGAAGGGGGAGGAGCAUGACCUUCCACUCAGCGAGGUAAUGACUAAGAGGGAGGAUCUGGUUGUAGCUCCUGCUGGAGUGACGCUGAAGGAGGCCAAUGAGAUUCUUCAGAGAAGUAAAAAAGGAAAGCUGCCGAUAGUGAACAAGGAGGGCUGCUUGGUGGCGAUCAUCGCUCGGACUGAUCUGAAGAAGAACAGAGAUUUUCCUCUGGCCUCUAAAGACUCGAGGAAGCAGCUGCUCUGCGGCGCCGCCAUCGGAACUCACAACGACGACAAGUACAGACUGGACCUGCUGGUGCAGGCCGGCGUCGACGUGGUGGUGCUGGACUCUUCUCAGGGAAACUCCAUCUUCCAGAUCAACAUGAUCAAAUACAUCAAGGAGAAAUACCCCAACCUGCAGGUCGUCGGGGGAAACGUGGUGACGGCAGCUCAGGCCAAGAAUUUGAUUGACGCCGGCGCUGACGCUCUGAGAGUGGGAAUGGGAAGCGGCUCCAUCUGCAUCACACAGGAAGCUCCUCUUACUAUUCCUCCUGAAUUAAAGCUCCACAGCCCCAAAAUCCCAACUCCUGUAAGAGGAUACUGCAUGCUGGCGUGUGGUAGGCCGCAGGCUACAGCGGUGUAUAAGGUAUCGGAGUACGCCCGCCGGUUCGGGGUGCCCGUUAUUGCGGAUGGCGGCAUCCAGACCGUCGGACACAUCGCCAAAGCCCUGGCGCUGGGAGCAUCCACAGUUAUGAUGGGGUCGUUACUGGCCGCCACCAGCGAGGCUCCUGGUGAAUACUUCUUCUCAGACGGGAUCAGACUGAAGAAGUACAGAGGAAUGGGUUCUCUCGACGCCAUGGACAAAAACCUCGGCUCUCAGACCAGAUACUUCAGUGAGAGUGAUAAGAUAAAGGUAGCUCAGGGUGUGUCCGGCGCUGUACAGGAUAAAGGAUCUGUCCACAAGUUUGUUCCUUACCUUCACGCUGGAAUACAGCACUCCUGCCAGGACAUCGGAGCCAAGAGCCUCACACAGCUCAGGGCGAUGAUGUACUCUGGAGAUCUGAAAUUUGAGAAGAGAACUUUAUCAGCUCAGAUGGAGGGAGGAGUUCACAGUCUGCACAGUUACGAGAAACGCCUGUUCUAAAGAAGAGAAGAAGAGACGACACUAAAAUGCCAAGAUCAUCUUAAUAUUUACAAACAUAUACAGUAUUAUUAUAUUAAUACGCACAUGACCCCAAACCCCCCCCCCCCCCCCCUUUAAAAUAGGCUCUACUACAGAUAAUAAUCAGACAGACGUUCAGCCUCCAGUCUGCCCAUCUCCAAACCACCAGCUUCCCCUUUCUGUCCUCCACCCUUCUCUCCUCUGAGCGGGGAGGGGCGGGGCCUGAUGAGGCGGAGCCUGAGAGACCGUCCGAGUGUGUGUUCGGUGUGUGUUUUGUGUGUUUCAGGUCUUGCUCUUUGUUUUUAAAAGAGAUCAGACUACUGACUACAAAUAAUAAUAAUUCUAAAAAUACCAUAAUAAUUAAUAAUAAUAGAUGUAAUAGAGUUUAACAGAAUUCAUUCUAAUAAAUUUUUCACUGAAAUCUU